CCCUCACCGCUGCCGGUUCCGCGCGAGGCGCGCGCCGGACCGUUGGCGGAGCGGGUGCCGCGCGGGUGCCGGCGUCGCGGGCAGCAGGCACACAGUCAGAAAUUGCUGUUUUGUCAUGCGACUGUCAGGAAUCCUAGUUUUUCCGCAAGACUUACUACUGGAAUUUGCACAAACAAAGAAGGAUCUCUUUCCACGGUACUAGUCUCACCUUUGUGAGCACCUUAUGUCAUGGUAAGGAUCCGUUCAGCUAAGGCGAGUUGGACUCUGCUCCCUGUGGAGCCAUCAGAGUUAUCAGAAGAGCUUGCUGCCUGGCUGCGAAUAGCUCCUUCAGUCCUGGUGGCACAUUAUCUGGACAAUCUGAGAAUGCAUUGACUAUGUUAUACAUUAUUAUGAGGUUACAAGGCAAGAAAUAAAUUCUUGGAAAUGGCUCUACAAAAGAUAGACCUAAUCUUGGAAGGCUAGAACUUCUGUGCAGAGCAGCUGGAAUUACUUAAAUACUGGAACCACUGCUGGAUUUGGUUGCAUCCUCCAACAUGACCAAUCCUCAGCCUUCAGUAGAAGGUGGUGUUUCAGAAGUUGAGAUAAUUUCACAACAAGUGGAAGAAGAGACCAAAAGCAUUGCUCCUGUACAGCUUGUUAAUUUUGCUUAUCGAGAUCUACCUUUAGCUGCACUGGAUCUGUCUGUGGCUGGGUCCCAGCUUUUGUCAAAUUUGGAUGAGGAGUACCAAAGAGAAGGAUCUAACUGGCUAAAACCGUGCUGUGGGAGACGAGCAGCUGUGUGGCAGGUAUUUUUGCUCAGUGCAAGUCUCAACAGUUUCCUGGUAGCCUGUGUAGUAUUGGUGGUGAUUCUUCUGACUCUGGAACUCCUAAUAGAUAUAAAGCUUCUCCAGUUUUCAAGUGCUUCACAGUUUGCAGGAAUAAUUCACUGGAUCAGCCUAGUCAUCCUGUCUGUUUUCUUUUCAGAGACUAUUUUGAGAAUUGUGGUCCUUGGCAUAUGGGAUUACAUUGAAAACAAAAUAGAGGUGUUUGAUGGUGCUGUCAUAAUCUUGUCCUUGGCACCAAUGGUGGCCUCAACAGUGGCUAAUGGCCCCAGCAGCCCAUGGGAUGCUAUCAGCCUUAUUAUCACACUACGGAUAUGGAGAGUGAAGAGGAUCAUUGAUGCCUAUGUCCUUCCAGUGAAAGUGGAGAUGGAGAUGAUGAUUCAGCAAUAUGAGAAGGCAAAGGUUAUUCAAGAUGAGCAGCUGGAAAGACUAACCCAGAUCUGCCAAGAACAAGGGUUUGAAAUCAGGCAGCUGAGGGCCCACCUUGCUCAGCAGGAUUUGGACCUGGCUGCAGAGAGAGAAGCUGCGCUGCAGGUCCCGCAUGUACUGAACAAACAGAGCAGCAACAGGUACAAGGUGGUAGCAACUGAAGAUUCGGAUGAUGAAGCCACCGAGAACAUCACUGAGUUGCGACCUCCACGAGAGGAUGACAUGAAUAAUUACAUCAGACGAUACUACAAUGAGCCUAGCAGUGACAGCGGCGUCCCCGAGGCAGCCAUCUGCGUUGUCACCACCACUGCCAUCGACGUCCAUCGCCCCAACAUCUCCUCUGACCUCUUCACCGUGGAGGUGCCGAUGCGCCUGGGCAGCACCGGGACAUCUGCUAGCAUCACCUCACGCAGCGCCUCGCAGUCAACCGUCAGCUCCGGCACCCAGGCCUGCAGCGAGAGCAGCCAGACACUGGGCUCCUCCCCGGACUGCAGCACAGCCUGCAAGGACGCUGCGGAGGCCAGCACCGGCCUGCGGGCCGACCUGGCGCCCACCCGGCAGCGGGUGGCCCAUGCCAUGGUGCAGGAGCUGCUGUCAUCCCUGUCAGAAGAGGCCUGCCUGGCGCAGAAGGGGCUGGAUCCUGUCAACCUGAAGCUGCCCAGCCCAGCAGGCUCAGUGGGGGCCAGCCCUGGCCUGGGCCACCGGCUUGGCAUCUACAACCACAGGAACCAGGAGAGCCUUGACGUCUUCCAGCUCAAGCCACUCCUCGACUGCCCCCAGGGUGCCCCAACAAUCGACGAGAAAUAUGGGGCACUGGGGCCCCCAGAACCACAGCUGGGCAGGGUUCCUGAGGCAUAGCAACAGCUUGGGGAAACAGGGACACCUGUGGGGACAUGCUCACUGCACUGGGUCAUGAGGCUGCCACAGGCACAGUGGCAGUGCUGGAGACAACCCCUGCCAUCUCCUGCACUAACCACCAGCCUGGGACCGUGCCAGCAUCGACUCUGCCCACCAGUGCCUGUGGCACAUGGCAGACCUGCCCUGCCACCAGCUCUGGGCCAGCUGGGACCUAUGGUGUCCUCUGGGGCACAGUGGACCUUCCAGCAGUCUUAGGCCAAGCAUGGACCCGCAGUGGCUGGGGGGGACAGACAGACGA